AUGGCGCAGCUCCCACUAUCACUCCUCAACACGGCGCAGGGCCACCCGAUGCUCGUCGAGCUCAAGAACGGCGAGACGCUGAACGGCCAUCUCGUCAACUGCGACACGUGGAUGAAUCUGACGCUGAAGGAGGUGGUGCAGACGAGUCCUGAAGGCGAUAAGUUCUUCCGUCUCGCAGAGUGCUAUGUUCGCGGGAAUAACAUUAAAUACCUCCGCGUCCCCGACGAGAUAAUCGACCUCGUCAAAGAAACGCAAGCGCAGAACACGCGCGACAACCAUGGGCCGCGCGGCGGCGGCGGCGGACAGACUGGUGGCCGCGGCGGGUAUCAGGGUAGGGGGGGGAACCAUCGUGGUGGAAGGGGGGGACGCGGUGGCGGUGGACGGGGUGGACGGGGUGGGGGGCAGCAGUAG